GGGGGGAGUAUAAACGAGAGAGUCGUAAGUUGAGUACAGACGGUUCUAGUCUUCUGAUUGAGAGGACUUGCUCGUGUUGUGUCGUCUGCAUUGGAGUUGAUGUUAGGAAGAUGUACUGUUAUUAUGUGUACAUAUAAUUUCACAAUUUAAUAGUGUGUUUCUAUUUCAAUUGAUAUAAAGAGUUUGAACAUUACCGUAAUAGUGAUGGCGUUUUUGAGGGGUGUCAUCAGGUGUAGUGUCUCAAGGAAAUACGGCACCGGUGUUAGUAUAUAUAACUUAACCCUACGUGGUGGAAAAUCGUCCAGAAUACGUUUAUUUUUACCAUUUCAAAGUUGUAAUCAGAUAGCACUUAAAUCUGUAACUGCCGGAGCUAUAAACGAUUUAACCGCAGAUAAAAAAUCAUUUGGAUCUAAACGAGACCCUCUGGACACUGGGUUUGCUGACCCUAAAGCUGCAUUUAAAAGCAAGACAACGUAUGAAGUUUUGCGUGCAUACAUAGUUUAUCAGUUAUGUUCCAUCAACUACCUAGUAGAAAACAAUAUGAAGUUGAUGAAGAUAUGCAAGACACUGCUAGGAGAGAGGCUUUUCACAGCGAUCAUGAAGGCUACUUUCUACGGACACUUUGUGGCCGGUGAGGAUCAGUACAAGAUCGUACCGACUCUGAAACGACUCCACUCCUUUGGUGUCAAGCCCAUCCUUGACUACUCUGUGGAGGAGGACAUCUCUCAGGAGGAGGCAGAGAAGCGUGAGUUGGCGGCUACCCAGUCUGAGGUACAGGCCACUCCUACUCAGCCUAGUGAAGCAAAUGUUCGGACGAAUGAUGAAGCGGCUCAGAUUGGAGGGGAAAUGCCUCAAUACAACGUAAAUAAGACAUUCGCUGACAGGCGGUACAAGGUGUCCAGUGCCAGAACAUAUUUCUACUUGAACGAAGCGACUUGUGAACGAAAUGUAGAGAUUUUCCAGGACUGCUUGCAUGCUGUGGCAGGAGCCACUUACGGAACAGGGAUUACAGCUGUUAAGUUGACAGCUCUAGGUAGACCUCAGCUGUUGUUGCAGUUGUCAGAGGUGAUCAUGCGGGCUCGUAACUUUGUCAGUGAAAUCAUCGGUGGGCGAGGAAACGUUCUUGGACAUCAUAUGACAGCAGAGAUGUUGGAGAAGAAGCUCAAAGACGCUGGCAUCAAAGACACAUCCAAGUUCUUAGAGAAGGUGGUCACAGACAGUGAGGGAGUGAUCCAUUUGUUCCCUUGGAGUGGCAUUGUGACUGAAAACUUUGAGCUGAGUGACACCUUCAGAGUACCGAGCCUCAAGGAGGGCCGCAUGGUCAGACUUAUCUCCCAACUGUCUAAAAAGGAAGAAGAAAUGUUCCGCAAUAUGGUGCGAAGAGUCAACACUCUUGUCCAGACAGCACAGGAGCUGGAUGUACGUAUAAUGAUUGACGCAGAACAGACCUACUUCCAGCCAGCAAUUUCCCGUAUAACACUGGAGAUGAUGCACAAAUACAACAUUGAGAAGGCAAUCGUGUUUAAUACAUACCAGUGCUACUUGAAGGAAGCCAUUAAUGAAGUAACUACUGAUUUGGAACAAGCUCAAAGACAGAACUUUUAUUUUGGUGCAAAAUUGGUCCGAGGCGCAUACAUUGAUCAGGAGAGAGCAAGAGCUGCUGCAUUAGGCUAUCCUGACCCCACUAACCCCACAUACGAGGCUACGUCCGACAUGUACCAUCGCACAUUCACUGAGUGUCUGAGGCGCAUCAAGGCCCUCAAGGACAGAGGAGAGCCACCCCAGAAGAUAGCCAUCAUGGUGGCCUCCCAUAAUGAGGACACUGUCAGAUUCGCAAUCGAAAAGAUGAAAGAGAUCGGAGUGUCUCCAGAAGACAAGGUAAUCUGUUUCGGCCAGCUCCUGGGUAUGUGUGAUUACAUCACUUUCCCUCUUGGCCAGGCAGGUUACUCAGCCUACAAGUACAUCCCCUACGGACCAGUAAACGAAGUCCUACCGUACCUGUCACGCCGUGCGCAGGAGAACAAGGGAGUGCUCAAGAAGAUUCAGAAGGAAAAGAAAUUACUGUUGACAGAGCUGGGACGACGUCUCGCCAAGGGCAAAAUAUUUUACAAUCCAAAAGGAGAGUAUCAACCUGUUUGAAUAUAUCUGUCUUCUUCAUUGGCUUAGAACAGAUCCGUGGAAUCUAUUUGUUGUUGUUAUUAUUGUUAAAUUAGCUCUUUAAACUAUUUUUAAAAUAAAGAAAACAAGUACCAGAGCAGUAGAUUCCAUUGAAAUAGGUCCACGUAAAGAUUAACAUAUUUUAAUAAAAGUAACGGUUUUAGGUAAAUUACGGCAAUUGGCAGCCUUCUAUUUUAAAAAAAAUUUUAACUUCGAGUAAAAGUUCCUUUUAUUUAUUAAUUUGUCGUUCAAAAUUCGUGUUUUUGAUUUAUUUUUUUGAUAGGAUACACAAAAUGUUGAAUAGAUAUAACGACACUUUAAAUUUACAGUCAAAAACUCAAUGUUGUCCGAACAAAGUUUUGUGUUGUUGGACUUGUGAAACAAAAUUUAAGUUGGGUUCAAUGAGUACAUUUAAAGUUUUGACUUCUUCUAUGUAAUUUGUUGAACUGUUAUUUGAUCAGAAAUAUGAAUCAAUAAAAAAUUGUAUAAUUAACAUAUUUUAAUUUUGUAAAUAAACCUAAAUUUAAAGGUUGUGCAUUUUGAAUAGCUUUACAGUACAAUGUUUCAUUGAAAUAUUAUUGUAAAAAAAGAACAUAUGAAAUGUUUAACAGAGCAUGGAAAUAUGUAAAGCUGUCAAGAAUAUUUUAAAUUGCCAUAAUGACUUGACAAAGGUUAUAACUAAAUAAGGUUAGUGAUUUCAAUUAGUGAAAUUCUUCCUUAUUCAUGCACAAAUUUGGACUCAAGGUCUUGCAUUUAAAAAUGUUACAACGUAAAAAUUUAUGAAGAAUAACAUUUCUUCUAUAAAUUAAUAAUAGGCUCUGUAUUGUAUUUAAACUAAUCUCAAAGGCUUUAUGAUGUACAAACAUAUUAAUAGACAAUUCCAGAAAUAAUCAAGAACGAUUUUGUUUCUCCAUUGUGAACAUUGUGGCUUUUUCAUCAGUACCUUGAUUAUGCCUUUGAUUGCUAAGUAAGAUUAUUGAUUAGUUUUUAUUUUUCAAACAUUUAGGUAUGUUACAUACAGGGCAUUAAGUAAACAAAUGGGCAUUAAUAAAACCUAUUAGGUCUAAUAGCAUUAAAAACUAUAACAAAUGACACAUUUAUAAUCCUGUGUUAAAAUAUAAAAAUUUAGCAACUAACAUUAUCAGUGAAUGCAUACAAUGUUAAAUUUCUAAGUUAUAUUCUAAGUCACUUUUGGACAUUUGUUAGAAGUUAGACCUCACACCACCUAGGUCCUGUUGUGGAAACUACAGCUCACUUGUACCCCAAAUGUUGCAUGAGACUUCUUUUGCGUUCUAGUUAUUACAGACCGACUGUGUUACAAGAGUUGCUUUGCACAAAAUGUAAGACCGUUUUGUAUUAAUUUUAACAAUGUGUACAUUUUAAAACAUGUCCGGAACGCUUUUUGAUGCAACCAAUCCAGCGACCAUAUCAUAGUUAACAUUCCAAGUAGUUUAGGAUCCGAACUGUUAUUAUACAUACGUAUGUAUUACACGUCCAGUCGUCAGAAGCAAUACAAAUAGUAUUCCAACGUAGUAUUCACCUUGUCAAAUUUGCUGGGUGGUUGUAUUCAAUAGAGUGGUACAUAACAGUAAUAUUGUAUAAUAAACAAAUAAUAAUGAAGAAAGUAUUCUUUUAUUGUAAAUAGGACAAUGAAUUGUAUGUGGAUGACAAUAUUUAGAUACUACUUACUAUUAAGACGUGAUCAGUGUUCAGGAAUCUCAAUGAAAUGUGCAUGAAUAUCAUUACGUUUUUAAUUAUUUUAACAUAUUAUUAAUUUUUUACUAUAAAGAAACAACACAUAAUAUAAUCCAUCAAUAACUUUAUAUAAUAAUUUAAUUUUAUAAGACUAGUGAACAUCUCAACACUUAUUUUGUUGAAGGGUUGAUAUCUUUAUACAUUAUUUUGUCUAGUCCUUCUUUCUUUUAACUUUCUUUAGUGACACUUAUGAAUCUCCGAAUAGAUAACAGUAUUGUAAUGUGAUGUAAUGUAGUGUAAGGUACAUUAUAAGUUAAGGGCCUGUGGUGUGGGGAAUGUUUCACUGUAAUAUGAUUCUAUUUGAUUGUAAUAAAUUGUGUACUUCAAUCAUCAAUGGAGCUAAAAUAAAGUGUCGUUACUAUUUCUGA